AUACGAAUCUCUUUUGGAGAAUCUUGGUGACUGAACUCGAAAUUGCACAGGAUAAAGUGAUUUUGUUUAUCCCUGCAUUUCAGUGACCAAGACGUUGGACUACAAUCAGUUGUUAAUCGCUUUUGAAAUUUAAGGCUAAAUCGGAUUAUAAAAUGACAUAAAACGCAUUAACCCUCAGGUGAUUAAGUCGUUUAUAGUAGAGAUGGUGCUCUUUGUAUUUUAAAACCUCCUUAAGCCCAAUAACAGAGGAAUUGUAACAAUCUGACAUGGCUGUAUCUUCAAGCCCAGUAUGCCUAUACGAAAACAACUAAAAUCUAGUCAACCCCAAGCGUUUGGAAAGAAUGCGUUAUUGCAGAAGCAAUAUGAGCGUCUCUACAACCGACUAGAAAAAGAACGGAAAUCUACACAGAGGCGGAUCCAAAUCACCGAGGAGAAAUGUGUUCACUCUAUAUACUACUUGCUGCAGGAGGCCGAAUCAUUUGAACAACAGAAAAAACGAAAAGAAGAGGAAGAGGAGGAAAAACGAAUCCAGAAAGAGGGCAAAAUACCCGUGUUUUACUACGAAAUAGAGAAUGAAUACGUACCCCCUAAACCGGAAACUAAAGUUCCCCGGGGGAGGCCCAUGACAGCGUCUGUUCGAACGCGAAAAGGAAGUGCAGGUAUAAAGGAAUUAAGAAAUCGGCCGUCUUCUGCAAGCCCCGCUCUCUGUAGUGAUAAAGCAGGGACUGUGACUAACGUUGUUGACGUUCAAAGGGUUUCAAGUGCUGAUAGAUCCAAAAGGAGGUUCUCUAACGCGAGUUCAUGUGGUUCAAAUCAGAAAGAAAACGAUUCUAGACCCUGCUCUGCAAAUGUUGGGUCUCCCAGCGCGACUUCGGGAAGUAACUUAAAACUAUGGCAGCUCAAUCUCAGGAAAAACAGCGAAAGAAAACCGUCUGCUUCAAGAAAAGAAAGUGAAUCCAAAUCGGUGGAAGAGGCGCCGGCUGCAAGUCCGGAACCAGAAUCAUUGAAUGCUUUUGCUCGACCAAAGACGGCUGAUAGAUACCGACAACGGCGACCGGAUGAUGAAUUAUCGGAGUACUGGAAUCGGCGUGUGGCCAGUAUAAUCAGGAAAUGGGAUCUCCAGGACAACGACCAGUAUUCAAAAGACCUUAAAGUGAUUAAGGACAUCGGUCGUCCUCCGUGCAGAAGAUUCAAUUCCAAAACGGGAGAGGCCGAAAUGAGGACUAAAACUUUUAUUCAAAAAUAUUCAGGCAAGUACCGGUCUUUGCUCAGACCUGAAUCAGCCCCGAUCAUGGAAAACAGACAGAGACGAAAUGAAAAGAUAAGCAGACAAGAGCUAGCCAGUAUUAAUGCCGACACCGCCAAACAUAAAAAGAACACUAAGAUGCUUCUUCUUAAAAGUAGAGAAAUAAAGCUGUACGUGGAAAAUCUGCCCGGAGUGGACAAAACACAAAAUCCUCUUAAUUUGUCUAAUCCCUGACAUGUUAUAUUUUAUAUUAUGUAAGCGGAUUACUUAACCAGUGCUGGCCAUUUCUAAAUUUUUCUCAUACACCCAAUUUAAUAUUUCGAUGGAUAUAAUAUACACAAACUGAUACGUCAGUUUUUGUUAUGCAUGUUUAUUUCAAGAAUCCAUUCA